AUGUCGCACACCAACGAAGGCGCCGCCGCCAUCCUAGAGGCUGGUCUGUUCAGCGCAGUUCGCGACUCACAGCUUUUCGCCACAGACCCAGACAUUGGCCUCGACGUCGACAAUGUCGAAGCACUGGAAAACUUCUACCGCUUGCUCAUCUCCAUGUUGCGUAUCCUGACUUCAUGUGUUGUUAGCAGAGGAUCAAGAAACCAGCAUGUCCUUGCUCAAGGCAGAGCUUUCUUGACCGAGAACAGACAGUGCAUGCAGGGUGUCUUUAAGGCUGCGGUUAGAGAGGGUCCUCAGGUUCGCCCGAGCAUCAAGCAAGCUUUGGAGGAUCUGGUUGGCUGUUUCAGCGCCUUGAUUCAUGCGACAGACUUUGUUGAGGUGAGUUUUUGA